CUCUGAGAAGGCCCGCCCCCUCUCAUUUCCCCCCCCGGCUCGCCGCCGAACUUCAUGAGCUUGUGCGAGAGGAGGCGCGUGGGCGAGGGCACGCUUCCCGGGACGGUGCGCGUGGAGAACGUGCCGUACGACGACGACGACAAGUGCGAGGCGGAGAGGGCGCGGGAGGUGCCGCUGGACGUCCCGGCGACGGUGCUGGACAGGCUGGCGCUCUACUGCGUGGAGGACGCGUCCAAGUGGCCCGCCGACCUCCUGGACGGCGUCCUUCCCCGGGACCCCUGCGCACAGCUCCUGCCCGCGUGGGCGCCCUGGCUGCGGGAGAGGCGCCUGUGGCUUGCGGCCCGCGGCCCGGGCGCCACGGCACACGUCACGGCCGGCUUCCACUGGGACCACAUGAGCGACGAAGCAAAACGGGUUCGAUUGCGCCGGCAUUCGCGCGCAAGUUGCUCGCGCGAGGUCGCGCGCAGGCGCCCUCGCUUCCAGUGUGGUGCGGCGUGCCGCGCCAGCGGCCUGCGUAACCCACCGCGUAGGGUCGCUGCGCCAUCUCGCGUGAGGCCCCUUCCUUUUUUCGUCGCUCGCAUGGAGAACGUCCACGUUGUCCUCACGGGGAAGAAGGAGGUCUUCCUCGUGCCGCCCAUGGAGGCGCCCUGCCUGCACGCCACGCGGCACUGCCCGCAGGCGCAGUGGCGCCUGGAGGCCAGCGCGCCCGGCGAGGGGCGACCGCCGGGGGGCGGCGGUGGCGCCCGCCUGGUGCUGAGAGCCAUGCAGUCGCAGGAGUCCUCCUCCGACUACGCCGUGGUCUCCGUGGACGAGGACUUCCAGGUAAACGCGGAGCGCAGCCCGGCCCUCGCGGAGAUGUCCGAGCCACCCUUGUGGGCGGUGCUGCACCCGGGCGACGCCAUCUUCAUACCGUCCGGCUGGUGGCACUCAGUGCGGACGUGGCAGCCAGCCCGCGAGGAGGAGUCCGCGGCGCCCUUCGCGCUCAGUGUGAACUUUUGGUACCUGCCGCCCAAGGCGCUGGCCGCCGACGGGCGGGGCCCCGAGCUGUGCGCGCUGCAGGUGAUGUCCUGCCAGCGCGCGCUGGCCGGCAGCCCGCAGGCCCACCUGGACGCCUUCCUGGGCAAGAUGGAGGUGCAGAGAGCGCAGGGCCCGGCGGGCGGCGGCGGAGCCCUGCACGGCGGCGCCGCGUCGCCGGAGCCGCGGCGUGGCGGCGCCGGGGGAGAUCGGCGGCAACCGCA